AUGGAGGUGGCUCUCGGAGCGGCGAAUUGGCUCCUCGGCCAAGUCCUCCACAAGCUGUCCGAUGACUUGCUGAAAGCGUACGUGUUCAGCACCGAGCUCGGCCUCAACCUUGUGAAGAUCAGAAAGGAGAUGCUGUACACUAAAGGGCUGCUGGAGGCGGCCCAGGGGAGGGACUUCGCUGGGAACUCUGGCCUGAAGGGUCUGCUCGAGUUCCUGAGCAACAAGGCCGACGAGGCUGAGGACGCUCUGGACGAGCUCCACUACUUCGUGAUCCAGGACAAGCUCGAUGGGACUCGAGAGGCCACUCCAGAGUUGGGAGAUGGCCUCAGCGGCAAAGCUCAGCAUGCCUGCCAUGCUGCUCGCCACACUUCUGGUAACUGGCUCUCAUGCUUCUCUUGUUGCCGUUCGCAAGAUGAGGAUGUUGCUGUUGCCGACGAUGUCCAUAACACCCAUAGCACAAGCAAUGCCAUUGCCAUGUCUGUUGACCACAGUGGCCAUGAUGGAAAGUUGCCAUUUGACAGGAUCACUGGAGAAAGAUUAGAUCGCAAAUGGAUUCAGCAAGACGGCCGUACCUUUGGUUGGUGA